AUGACCCUCGCGAACUCCCUUGCGCUCGUCGGAGCCUCACAAGUCCCCCUAUCUCACCACCACGCGACCUCCAGCCAUUCUACCAGCUGGAGAUUUGACGAACCUUUGAGGAAUACGACAAGUAACUUUGUCUUCGAAAGUGUUAGCUCGUUGCUUCAGCAGUGGGGCAAUACUCGAUAUCGCCAUGGUCACAACAUAGUACCAGGCACCAUCCCAAUUGGAACCUUGCUUUACCAUGGAACAUGGUUCAACGGUCGCACAGUGCCUUCCACCCCAGAGUGGGUUGCAACGGACCCAGAGCACUCGCAUGUCUUCUGCAGGGAACUCGUGGACGGAGAAGGGUGCUGGAUGCUGACACUUGCAGUAACGCGCCCGUUGAAGGUGCUUUACUUCGAUGGGAGCAGCGCCGCUAUGAGCUAUGGGUGUAUGGACACGCAGGACUUGAUUGUUUGGGGAGAAGUUCGGGACGAUGAGAGGGUAGAGGGUGUUUGA